AUGUCCGGAUCCCCGCCGUUUGAGCCGGCCAGGACUGCUCACGAACUGAACUCUGCUUCCGGCGGCAGCUCUCGCCACGGGAUGCACUCGGACGCUUCCCAGACGACACGAUGGCACGUCGAACAGCAGCCGGGCAGAAUCUCCAGCCAGCCCCGGGGCUUGCUCCCAUUAUCCAACACGUAUCCGCAGGAGACGACUCGCGGAUCCCAUAUUCGUCGGGUAUCGGAUCAUCGCUUACCGCCGCUCUUGACUCACAACGCGCCCGAAUCCAUCGGCAGCCUACAUGGCGCGCCGAGACGGGCAUAUGACACGUCAGUAUCGUCAAUGACUCACCAACACGGCACUCCACUGCCUCGAGGCUCCAUGCCUGAGCCCAGUGUCAGACCCUUGUCUCCCAGAUCACAACGCAAAACAAAGGGCCACGUCGCUUCUGCCUGCGUUCCAUGCAAGAAGGCGCAUCUGCGCUGCGACUCUCAGCGUCCCUGCGCGAGGUGCGUCUCCCAUGGCAAGGAAGACACUUGCGUCGACGUUCGGCACAAGAAGCGAGGACGACCUCGUCUGAGGGACGAUCGUGAUUCUCGAAUGGAUGCCGCUCGCUUUUCCCAUACUCCAGAUGACGGCAUCGGAAAGCUGUCAAAUAUCAGGCCGGCCUCGAUGGGACAACACCAUCCCCUCUACGAUGGCCCCGGUGGCGCCGCCCGAUCUGCUCCCGGUUCCGCUUUCUCGUCUCCCGAAGCGCCGGGGGCUCGAUUUCUGUCCCGAGUCGUCUCCGCCGACGCCAGCUUUCACCACGGCGGCGAAAGGCAACCGCGACUGGCGGCCGAGGCGCCGGUUGUCUACAUGAGGACCAACAUGGAGGUCGUCAAGGUGUCGGCGUCCUUUGCGGAGGCCGUCGGCGCCGGCGGGUACGUCGGGCGCAGGAUCACGGAGCUGGUGGCGCCCGAGACGGCCGAGGCCAUGAUGGAGAUUUGUGCGGUGCUUAACGCCGAGCAGAAGCGGAGGGAGCCGACGUACCUGCCGCCCAUCUUCGACAAGGGCAGCGAGGCGGCGCGCGCGCUCAGCUUCGCCUCGGAGGUCGUCGGCCGCCUGGAGCUCAACCACCAGACGUGGGCGACGUUUAGAGCGCAUGACGGGCAGCCCCGGUCGUAUCCCGUCCGCCUCGGCCUGCUGAAGGAGGGGUCCAUCUUCUUCAUCGCAGCCGUGCUCACCGGCCAGGCAGCGCGCCCGCUGUACCAGCAUGGCGGCGUCCCACAUCCGCGUAACGUCGGACACGGCCUGCCGCGUGCUUCACCGGCAUACGGCGCCCCCACGCCGAUUGAUUCGACUCGGCGCCAAUUUAGCGAUGGGCCGUCGGCGCUGCGCAGAGAAGUAGGCAUGGCAAGGCAGUCGACUCCCCAGGGGACCUCGCCCAGCAGCGGAUACCAGUCCAUCUACUCGCCUUCGCCGCACGGUAGCGAUUACAGGAGGCCGUCUCCUCUGCAGACUCCCCGGAGCGAGUUGGGCCCGCCGCAGCCAUCCUCACGCCCGAGCGAAUCGCAUUAUACCCUGCCGCCGAUCCGGUCAUUGGCAGAGCGACCACGCGAUACGUCGGAGAGAGAUGGCAAGCAGCGGCGACUUAGCAUCGGAGGACUGAUUAAUAGGACUGGAACCUGA